AUGCCCUACAACAUGAAAUCCACUCUCGGCCAUACCUUUAGGGGCAGGAACUUUGACCAGACCAUUAUCACGGUCAAAGUUGGCGGGAAGGAUUAUCCGGAAUCGUUCAGCUGCCACCGAGAGUUACUCCGACGAUGCUCGGCUUACUUUGAUCGGUGUCUAGAGGAAAAGAGUUCUCCAUACAAGAACUCUGGGACCACACUAGAGCUCGAAGACACUAGCGCAGAUGUUUUCGACUGUUUUAUGCUAUGGCUAUACACUGGCUUCAUUCCUCAUCACUUAAUCGAAGGUGGGAAGGAAGUACAUCCCCCCACGCACGCCGUCGACUUGAACAGAGGAGAGACAUCAGCGAUACCGGAAGCUACCGAAAGCGAAGACGUGGACACGACAUCCUGGGGAAUUCAACUUGACAACGAUGAUACAGCUGUUGAUGCUGGUGCUGAAACGGUCGUCAGCCCGGACCAGACAACUGCCGAGAAAGUACCCGGCGAUACUGAAAGCGAGAAGGGCGCCCCAUCGCUGCCUGCUCGCAACCCCACCGAGAAGCCCGAAAUACCAAAGGAAACACUAUGCCCGUGCUGCUCUCGGCCUUACAAGUGGCGAGGGCUGGAAGGUUUCCUUGAGCGCCGUUUCAUAUCCCUAUACAUUUUUGCGCACAAAUACGAGAUACCUGCCCUUCGCCGCGCCGUCAUCUUGGCCUGGCAAACCAACGACGAAAUUCUACAAUGCAUGCCUGACCACAGCAAUGUCAUUUCCGCCUACGAGAGCCUACCUGCGAACUCGCCACUGUGCCUGUAUUUCCUGGACAUGUACUCUGUGUACUGGACACCAGACAGGGACAGCGAGCGCAUGGCAGCUUUGCGGAGCCAACUGCCUCAAGCAUUCUUGUUCGAAUUAGUCACAACUUUAGCAAGGGGUGAGAGACCGAAGAUGGAGAAGGAGUGGUGCGAAUUCCACGAACACACGGACGAAGAGGAGAAGAAAAACUGCCUCGAUGAACUCUACAAGGAUGCUGUUGCAGGUAAAGCACUGCGCAGGAUCAAGGACAGCAAAGGCUGGAAAGGUCUUGUACUCAAGAAGGGCAAACGAUGA